UAGGUACUUAGUGCUACUUUUUACCUCCGUGUUAUUCGUCUGUGAUCUAAAUCUGGGUGGCAGGCUGUGGCAGUGUAAAUUUCGCGAAUUUUACGGAAUUUUGCGAAUGUGUUAAAAUUUUUGUUACUUAAACAUGUUUAUAAAGUGAUGAAAUACUUAAAAAAACAUUUAUAAGAGUAGGAAGUGCGGUUCUAUUGUAUCAGUUUAAUGCUCUCACAUAAGAAAAUAUAACCUUGGUCUGAAAAUGAUGAAUCCCAAAAAGAGGGCUCUUUAAGAAUGCUGACUACUGGUAAAGAGAUGGAAUGUGUGAGUACUUUAAUACAUAAACAAUGAGUGCCCAAAGCGGAUGUGUUAGUUGCAAUAAUGAAGAGUCUGAACAUUUUGAUACUAAGCAUGAUGCUGACUGUUCUGAAGGGGAAGACGCUCAGAUACGCCUGGCGCCACAUGUGCAGGCUUACUUGGCACAUAAUAAUCCCACCACCAAUUGCUGUGGGUUUACCAUACCCAUUGCUUUUGAGAGAGCUGCUCCUGGCACCUGGUGGAACCCACGUUUUGACUCUGAAAUCCUUGAAGGUCAAUACAGAAGUAGCUCUUUCAGACAGAUACGUUUAAGAUUCAGAUUUGCACUUUUAUAUAUUUUGAUAUUUUCUAUAUCAUGGUUUAUCUACCUUGUGGUUCUUGGCUUAAAUGGUGUUACUGUGAAGUGGCCGUUUUUGUGUUCUAUAUUUGCUGGUGUCCUCCUUAUAACAUGUGUUAUGCUUUUUGUAACAUUUACAAAUAUUUACAAAGUGUACACAUCUAAGCUAUCCCUGAUCAUGGCACUUGCUCUGUGUACCCUAAGUCUUUCUUUAGUAACAUUGACCACACAAAUCAAUGCUGAAUAUAUCCAAGCUGCAGACAUCAGUCAAUCUGGCCAUUUUGCUAUGUGUAUAGAGAUCCUGUUAAUAAUAUAUACUCUCACACCACUACCCCUGUUUGCUUGUGUGAUCAUAGGAUUGAUGUAUUCAACAGUGUUUGAAGUCUUGAAUAUUGUUUUGCAUUUAUCUGAACAAGAAUGGCAGUUCCGUGGAAUGUUUGUGAGAGUUUUCCUGCAACUUUGUGUUCACAUUAUUGGUGUGCAUAUUUAUCUUAUGACCUUUGUGAGAAUGCGCGGCACCUUUAUGAAAGUAGGUCAGAGCCUGUUAGUAAGGCGACAAUUGGAGAUGGAGAAACUAUUAAAGGAAAAGAUGAUCCAUUCAGUAAUGCCACCGAAACUAGCUAGUUGGUUAAUGGAAGAGCAAAUAUUAGAAACUGAAACCCAUUUUAAAACUAACGAUCCUCUAAAUCCACGAAGUUCAAACCCAGGGGCAUCUGACAUUAAAUCACUGUUCAGACCUUUCAAUAUGAAUUCAAUGGAUAAUGUUUCUAUUCUUUUCGCCGAUAUUGUUGGCUUUACAAGAAUGUCGAGUAAUAAAGGUGCGGAGGAAUUAGUUAAUAUAUUAAAUGAUUUAUUUGAAAAGUUUGAUGAGCUAUGUCUUAUACAUGGUUGCGAAAAAAUAUCCACCUUAGGCGACUGCUAUUACUGCGUGUCUGGUUGCCCAGAGCCUAGACCCGAUCAUGCAACAUGUUGUGUGGAGAUGGGAUUGGGGAUGAUAGAUGCAAUCCAAGAAUUUGAUAGAGAGCGUGAUGAGGGCGUGAAUAUGAGGGUGGGUGUACACACAGGGACUGUUCUGUGUGGAAUAGUAGGCACGAGGAGAUUUAAAUUCGAUGUUUGGAGCAACGAUGUUACUUUCGCCAACAAAAUGGAAUCUACAGGGAAACCUGGUCGCGUACACAUUUCCGAAGAAACUUGUAAAUUUCUCGGGGGCUCCUACGUUCUAGAAGAAGGCGAGGAAGUUUUCGGUCAUAAAACCUACUUCAUUGAAGGCCGACAGAUGAGUUCUCCAUAUGAUCAUGACCACUGCCUUACUCCCUCCAAUCCUAUUAAUGUCCGCCUCAUUAUAUCUCCCGCAGUUUCCCCGCAAUCUAUUUUAUCCUUUAAUCAUUUGCCGCUACCACUGUCUGCAAAAACAAGUGCAUCGUCGACGGAUGAAAAGCAAAACAAAAACGAUUCCAAAAAUUCGAACAACUUCCUUUCCCCGAAUCCUUUUAAUUUUCGCAAUAAAGCCAGUUCACUGCCGAGCAUUUUGGAUUCUGAUACUGAGAUGGAUGAAAAGAAGAGUUUUCCCGAAAGUACGGAAAAUUCAUCGAAAAGUCCGACGUCUGUCGGGAGCUGCGGUAAAUAUACGAACAAAUUGAAAGGCUGGAAAGUGCCAAGAUUUUUGAGGAAACAUUCAGAUACACCAUUGCACGAAAUUAAAAAACGACAGUUUAACGACAAGACAAUACACUUCGUGGAGCGUGGCCAGGAGACGGUCCAAUCAAACAACGGUUACCAACAAGUGCCUAUAGUGAUAGAAUCUCAGGAUAUAAAGUCAAAGCCCAUACAAAGUAGUAGUAAGCUGAACUGUCCACCUAACCACGAAGUGGCGUCUUUCGAGAAAGAAAUUAUAGAUAUUCGUUCGUAUUUGAGUCAAUCUAGAAGUAAUAUGUCACCCUUCGCUAGAAGUAGCAGCUAUAGAUCACAGUACGGCAGACCCAACAUAGAGAUACCAGUGUGUCGGGCUCGUAGCUCCACCUUAGCAACUCAAGGGGAGUUGAUAAGGCCAAAAGACCGUCGGCUGAAUUUACCCCUGCCGGUGCCUCGGUCUCUCGAAGAUGCCAUUAGCCUUUGCCCUUCCGUAAACAGCCGGAAGGAUUCUGGAAUCCGAAGUACUAGUAGGAGAUCAAGUAUUCAGCAUCAGAUAUUCGCACUCAACCACGCGUCGCUGGCUACAUCCCAGGCUGAUAUGAUGCAACACCGGGUGUCAGGAUAUUACACUUCAAGUCAAUCUUCUAUAAACGAUCCCCCUUCUAGGAGCAGGUUACCCCCACCGCUGAACGAAGACCAGGUCAAAUCACUUCAAAAGCUGAGGAAACAAUCCGAUCUGCAGCUGAUCAGAUGCGUUCAAGAUAACGCUAGAUCAGGAAUAAACUAUUUCGUUCAACCGCCUUUGAAUAGAUUUACGCUUUUUUUUAAGAUACCGGAAAUGGAAAGCCACUAUCGGGACAAAGCGCACAGAAGUGACGACUGCGAAGACUUCCCGCCCACGCUGACAACGUCUCGCUUUAAUACUGGCUUAGAUAUUCUAGUAUCUGCGAUUAUUUUUAUUGCAGUAUCCAGUUCAAUAUUAAUUCUAUACAACGAAUGGCGAUACACUAUUGGAUGGUUUGUGUUCUUCGUUCUCAUAGAGUUUCUCGCUAUGACGUUGUGCAUUUAUAGGCAUUAUUUAAAGUGGAAAACGAAACACGACCCUCAGGAUAUAACGGAUGCAAUGAGAAGAUCCGUCAAAAUAUUUAGAAAAUUAUCAAACUGGUACCCCUGGCAUUUGUCCGGUAGCCUGUUAAUAAGUUUGCCGAUAUUGGCUAUUCUUAUAAACUUCUCUUGCCAAAACACUACGAUGACGAUUUUAAAAGGAGAACAAUCUUUCUACGUUUAUCUUUUGUACGUUUGUAUUGUACACUUUUGCAAUUUUACGCAAAUGAGUUGGCUGGUCAAAAAUACACUGGUCACGCUUUAUGCUGGCUUGUUCUUGUUCUUUGUAAUUUUGGGUUGCCGCGAAGCCAAUACACAAUUAUUUGACUCUGAUAUUAAAUUAAAUCCUCUGUCGGUUGCUCAAAACAUGUCAUUACCUAUGUUAAAUGUUUCCAAUGAGGAUUGGUUUGGGAAUAAUGGCACGUACGGCAACGAAGGCAUACAUCAUCAAAUGCAUCUAACGGAAUUGUAUUUGGAUGUCGCGCUAUUGUUAAUGUUGGUCUGGUUUCUCAAUAGAGAGUUUGAAAUUAGUUAUAGACUGAGUUUCUAUAGCAACGUGGUAGCCAACCGGGACAAGCAAAGAGUACAAAAUAUGAGAAACCAAGCCGAUUGGCUGCUGCAUAACAUUAUACCGCGGCACGUCGCUGAUCAGUUAAAGAACACUGCAAAAUAUUCCGAGAACCACAAAGAUGUGGCAAUUAUAUUUGCGAGUAUUGUGAAUUUUAAUGAAAUGUACGAUGAGUCGUAUUUAAAGGGCAAAGAGUAUUUGCGUGUUCUGAACGAGUUGAUUGCUGAUUUCGACGAAUUAUUGGAAAGGCCGGAAUUUCAACACGUGGAGAAAAUUAAAACUAUAGGCAGCACUUUUAUGGCAGCUAGCGGACUGAAUCCUGGUUUGCGACAUUCUUCGCGGGGUACUUAUGACCAUCUUUAUCAGUUAAUGGAUUUCGCAUUGGAAAUGCAGAAAGUGGUGGAUAAUUUCAAUCAAGAUUUGCUCGAAUUCGACUUUAUCCUCCGUAUCGGUUACAAUUUCGGCGACGUUACUGCCGGUGUAAUAGGCACUACUAAAUUGUACUACGACAUUUGGGGUGAUGCCGUGAACAUAGCUUCUCGGAUGGACUCCACUGGCGUUUCCAAGCGAAUCCAGGUGGCAGAGCCUUGCAUUCCCGUGCUGUCGUGUAGAUAUGACUUCGAACGUCGUGGAAGCGUUUAUGUCAAGGGGAAGGAUAACAUGAAUGUUCACCUUGUGAUUGGUAAGAAAGAUGCGUAGGAGUGUAAUUUUAGAGAAGUAGAAUCUGUGAUUUAACUAUUUAUAUUUAUACAAACACUGAUAAAUUUAAACGAUUGAUAUAAUUUUUAUUUUAAGAGAUGAUUGUAGUAGUUCUAUUUAUUGUGUAUUGUUUGGGCGUAAUAUUAGCUUUUAAGAAAUAAUCGGGAUGUAAAAUAUGAUAAUUUAUUGUUGAGCUUAGUAGGGCAACUUCUUCUAACAAUAAUUAUUAUUGUCUUAGCGACUAACUUUUAGAAGUGUACUUCGAAUUCCUUGCCUCUAUAUAUCUGUGACCAGUGCUCUAGUCUGCAAUUAUAUUUGAUAGAGAUGAUCCAAUUGUGCUUAUUCAAUAAUUUUAUGUAUAUAAAAUUAAAUUGACCUCGAGAUAAAAAUGUAACUAAGCUUAAAACAUCCUUUUUACAAACGGAGCAUAAACAUUUUAUAUUAGGAGACGAUUGGAUUAUUCGUGUUAGAUGUGAUUUGUAUAUACGAUUGUAUACCUACCUAUUUUAUGAUGCUCUAAAAUUAUUUAUACAUAUUUUGUAUAAAAAUUAAAAUGUGCUAUAUGCGUUUUAACGUGACUAAAGUAUCGACUAAAACGAUAUAUUUAUUGUACAUAACAUAUAGUUUUCUAUUUGAUCUUCGUAAUGAUCUGUAUAUCUAAAAGAUAGGGGUCCGCGUUUUUUACAUUUAAUCAUGAUUUUAUGGGUUGUAUUGCCGGAUCGUGUUGUUGUAAAUUGUUUCUUUAUAUUUAGUGAAUUCAGAUUUAAGAAGGUAGAAUAAAUUGUCGCAAGUUUAAUAGAGGCUACCAUAAAAUAUUAACAAUGUUAUAAUCAGUACCUAGUUUCAAUAUAAUAACGUUAUAUAACUAGGGCUGUAUAUGGGGAUAUUGAAUGUAUCAAAAAGUUUUACCAUUUUAGCUAGGAUUGUUUCUUGGCUGACAUGUUGGCAUUUUAUAUUUAGGGACGUUAUACCGACUAAUAGGUUUUAAUGUAAUUUAUUUGUCCCCCAAAUUAAAUGACCACGAUUGUUAGGGAUCUCAUUGGUAACGAUUAAGUACCAAAUUAGUGAAUUAUAGAAAUGUAUUUAUGAUAGUUAAAAAUGUUUCCAGGACCCCGAAUCGUUCAUGUAUGCAGCCUUUGUAAUUUGCCUAAAUGAAAACGUAUAAUCUAUGUAGUUCAAAACUAAGCAAUUCUUUCAAAGACUUCAUAGAAAAAUUUAAGAGUAUAUUAAUAUUUACCUAUUUAUUUGAAUUCCGUAGAAAAUACAUUAUUUUACUAAUCCUAAUAAAUGUAAUAUUUUGAAAUAUAGGACAGAUAAAAUAAUAGAAUCUUAUUUGAACAACGUUCUUAUUUAUAUGUAGUUAAAGAAAUAUAAUUUUCAUAAGUUCUCCCCACACAGGGUUACUAAAAUGUUUAAAACAUUUAACUAUAAAAUAUCACAGUUAUAAAUAUCACAGGUAUAUAUAGAACGUAAUAAAUAUAUAACAUUAAAACUGACAACCUAAAACCCCUACUUUUUCACAUAACCUCAUACUAAAUCAUUAAAUUUUUUUGAAAAAAGUUUUUUUUUUUUUUUGUGUGAUAUAGUUUUUAUUCAGAGAGUGCAAUGUGCGCUUUGUUUUGAUUUCGAAGUCAUGGUUAAUAAUUGUUAGGUUUUUGGUUUUUUGUUAAGAAUUUAUUAAAUUACUAAAAAUACUAACAAACUGUGACAUUUUGUUUUAGAAAUUGUUAGUAUAUAAUAUAACUUUUGUGUGGGAGAGCCAUUACAUUUAUUUUCUAAUAAGCAUGCGUUAUUUGCUUAAUUAGAAUUUUCUGUAUACUAGGAACUAUUUUUAUAUACUGUACUUAAACUAUCUUGGAACGAACGAAUUAUUUAAUAACUUAUUUUUGACUGUAAAUUACUAUUAGGUGUGAUAACUUAUACUAUACGUAAUAAAUGCCGCUAUUUAUCUUGUGCGCACAAUUUGUUUUACGCAUUUAAAAUUAAGUUAUGUUCAAAAAUCUAAAUUAAUUAAGAGUCAGAGGGAAAACGAAUGUCUUUAAAGUUUAAGCCCGUACCCUUAAGGUCAAGAUCUAUAAAGCUAUAUUUCUUAAUCCUGGUAAACAUUUGUAGGGAAGUCGAGCGGUUUUAGUCUCUGAGUCUUGUCUCAGGUUGUCAACGUAGAGAUGUCUAAAGAUCGAUCAUCGCGUCUGCAAAAAAGGAGCAGUCUCCCGGUCGGAAUGGGAGACCGUAUUCAUAGUUAAUGUUUCGCAAUUGUGGGCGUCACUCGGAUUCUAGAGACACGUCUCAGUCUGCAUCCAGCUACCGAGCAGUGUGGUUCGGAUGUAAAUGCUAUUUGCGUUUAUUUUUUACGUUUUCGUGUUGUUUCGGAACUUAUUCCACACAAAACAAUGUCCUUGAGAGAACAUCGUAGUGUGGACGCUAGACAAGACAAAGAACCGUGUCUCUAGACAGUAAAUGAGACGUGUCUAUAGACCAUCUAGAGAACGUGUCUGUAGACCAUCUAUAGAACGUGUCUUUAUAAGGUCUAUAGACAAACCGCACGACGUGGUCUACUAGUGUGUUCUAGGCUUGAGGUAAGGCUAAGUAUGCUUUAUACAUUUCAGCUCUAGUAUAAGAUAACACAAUCCCAGUAGUAAUUGAGUAUUGAAACGGUUUAAGGUUAGCGUUAAAGGAACUAAUUUAAGUUUUAAAUGAUUUAAAGCGUAAAUUCUACAGCUCGCACUCAUACUGGAACGAUUAUUAAAUAAAAUGCAGUAAUACAGUAUAUACGGCUUUAAAAUGAGGUCCAUUUUACCUUCAAAACUCGAAACUACGCUUCAAAACUCGAAAACUACCAAGAUUGCAAAUGCGGUCGUACUGAUUAGCGUAUGGUAUAAUAGUCAGUCAGGCUUAUGGCAGUUUUAAUGUCUGUUUAUUAUUUGUUUGUCUUUGAAUACAAUUUUGUUACUUUUCUAAUAAUGAAACGAUUUGCAACCAAACUAUGUAAAGUGUAACCACAACAAGUAAACAUAAAAAAUACCACCCGUUUCCUAACAGUGUGUAUGCCCGUUUACUGUAGACGUAGCUUUACAGUAAAGAUAUACCACCGGUUUUCUAAUGGUGUGUAUACACCUUUCCUGUACAUGUAGCUUUACAGUAAAGAUGCAUACAAACUAGCCUAUUUACCACCAUAUGUAGAAAGUAACUCCAAACUUCGGGUUGCAGAUAUUGCGAUUUUCCUGUAAUUAAUUUGAUAAAUAUUUCUUAUACAUUGUUUCUCAUACAUUAAUCAAUCCUUAGGCCCAAGAGUUAUCGAAAGUGUAAAAUACAGAUCCCGGCAAAUAACUUGUGUACUUGAGUGUUGUGAGAAAAGUACUCCCAUUCGAAGUUGAAAGUUUAUUUAUUGAAACAGACAUAUAGAAGGCACUUUUGAUGUGUAGACAGAAAACACAUUUAUUUGUCAUUUUCAAUAUAACGUUUCUCAGGUUGCCCAGAACAGUGAACUAAAAAUCGGCUAGGUACUGCACAUACAGUGAAAAUGUUCAAGUUAUUUGUCGGUAAUGAUACCGCGUAGUCUGUACCGUAAUUUCACACGAUAAAUUUUUCUUCAACGAAUUGAUGUAGAUCUUCGAACUUAUGAUGAGAAGCCUUACUAUACAUUCCAUUUGUAUUUAAACUAAUCGCCUUCAAAAUGUCUAUUGUAUAUUAUAAGGUAUAUAUGUAUUAUUAUAGAUUUAAUUAGGAAUCGUAAAAGAGUUCUCGGAAUAAUCAAGAUUGACGCUGCCUUAAGUAGGUGAAAUUUCACUAAGGCGGAGAUGUGCAGAAUAGACCUAUUAAAUUCCCGUGGGAACCGUUUGUUUUCCUGGAAUAUAGUAGCCUAUAAAUCUCCGUCCUUCUAACUAACUCUAUCCCAAUAAUCAAGUCGAUGCUUGCUUACUUAGAGCGUAAAGUAAGGACAGAAAGGAUUAUAAUAAAGUUAUAAUUUAUACUCACAAUAAUCAGACUUGUCUAUUCCACACAUCUUCGUCUCAGUCGAGAGUAUAACAUCGUUGCUCUAUGGUAGCUGUAGGUAAAUGCGUUAGCAGCGAUGUUGAAAAUUAAUAAAUUAAUAACAAUGCCAAUGAGUAAAAACGAGAUUACCGUCUUAUUAUGCAAAAACUUCUUUAUUGUUAUUUUGUAUUCAUAUCUUCUGUUGCAGCUCUUAAGUUUUAAGUGAAAUUCUGUCAAAAAUGACCUUAAUGAAGUUUCCUUUCUAUUGAAACCAAAUUAAAGAAGAUUUACUAUACAUCGUGUAAAUGAAAACCGAAGUAAUACUUCACAGGCUUUAGAGGCACAUUAUUUACUAUCUUGUCUGUGAUACAGAAACGCUAAAAGUUUUUAUGUAAACCACUGCCAUAUUUGUUACUGAGUAAAACAAAUACAGCCACUUAUCACUUAUUUAAUCUAAUGUACGCGUCGCGUAGCGUAGGUACUAUGCGCGUGUCGGUCUUUUAUCUUCAUUAGGGUUGUCAUAAGUGAACACUUAAUUUUUUUUUGGAUUAUUCUGUAUGGAAAAAUAAAUAAGCUUCUUUUGAUUUAAUAUUUUUCCUUAUGAAAUAUACUUUAAACACGCUUCAGUAACAGUAUUUCGUAAUUCGGUUACACGUUGUAUAUAUUUUUUGCCGCCGAUUCAAAUUAUCUAAACGACUAUUAAUUAAAGUUAGUUACGGAACCAUCUAUACGUGAAUCUCGCUCACAUUCUGCCGGAUAUUUAUCAAUUGCUAUUAUAUGUCGGUUCCUAUUGAUUUCUGUGAAAAUAAUGAGAAACUUCAUUAUAAUGUAAAAUUUGUAGUGAAUUGAAUGUGUUGAAGAAUUCAGGUUUACUGAACAUGUAGAAAGUUGGACCAAAACUGAAAUACCUAAGGAUAUUUAGCUCUCUUUACAAUUUAUGGUUUAAAUAUAAUUCUAAUAAAAAGAUGAUGUCCAUAAUGGAAUGUAAUAGAUAAUAAUACUUACAUGCUAUUUACUAUAUUAUUAAAGAGCAGUUGUCUUUUUA